UUUGGGUGAGGCGGUGCGUUCUGGGGUGCACAACUUUCUGCGUGUUUGCGCAGUUUCGCAGCGCUUCAUAUACUCUGGAUAAACCUAAACACAACAUCUGAGUCCGCGGGGCUCGUGUGCAACGUGUUGAAAUCUCCGGAAAUACCCGAGCAGGCCGCUGCACGGCACAGUUUCCACACACUCCCCGUCUCAUGUGUGCUCUACUCGUUUAUGCGGGGAGAAAGUUGUGGACAUUUUUUUUCUUGGAGUGCAUGGUUUCGCUGAUCCAGUGUGCAACUGUGUAACUACAGCGUUAAUGAGCCUCGCCAGCCGGUCCGGAUUUUGGAUUAUGUGCUAUUGGGAUUGUAAACUCGCUUGUUCGCCCUAUUGUGCGCUGUGAAACUCGAGGGAAAGUUGUCAGAGUUAUGACAUUUGCUGCGCACAAUCCCUUCAUGGAGCUGCAUGUAGUCGACUUGGAUCGAAACCAAAGUGACUCCAUGGAGCUGGACAUAGAGAGCUCCGUGCACCAUUAAUAAGGUCCGGCACCAUAAAGAGGAUGAGAAGAAAGAACAGCAAACCUCAGAUUUGAUUCUGGAAGGAGGGUUGCAUGCUCCCCACCCUGCACUUUCCUUUGGGAUUUAUAUUUCCUCCCAAUCACCUCUGUAUACACAAUUAAACAAAGAGUUCCUCGACCUCAGGCAGUCAAAGCACACUACAGAGGCAGUACCAGUUUGAGAGCUCUGACUCCAACAUUACCGUACAAUAUUAGUAUGAGUCUUCCCUCUCAAGUUAACACUGACAAGAGCGGCAAGCUUCGGGCUGCAGCCAUGAAAGAGUCUGUGCAGCAUUCAGGGGAUGUUUAUUAUGGGAUGGGACCUCCGGCUUUAGAGCCAAGCCACAGUGACUCUGCUAGCAGCUCGGCUGUUUACAACCCCGAGAAAGGGCCCCAAAGUUUACCGCACUAUCAACAGGCUGCUCCAGUAAAGUGGAUGCACCAGGAGUCCGUGCAGGCCCCCGGCUGGUCUCAGGAAGCCCCUGCUCAGGCCUGGGGGCAGAACUUUGGCCCCUAUAUGGGUGGAGUGAAUGCCAGGGGGCAGAUGGCAUUCCACAAGGGGGUCCAUGAGGGUGUAGCUCUGCCAAUGGGGGGAGAAAGUCAACUGCCAGGAGGACCUAUUGAGGUUUACAGAGAUGCCCCCCAGGCACAAGCUCAGGGUAGGGGGCUGGAGUGGGAGCAGCACACAGCGGCUGCAAUGCACCAGGCUCAGCUGCAAGUCUAUCAACAUGCCCACAAAGGCGUGGAGGUCCAGGGUCAGCCCCACGCUCCUCCUCCUCCUCACACUUUGCAGGGACCCAUGCUGCAGCCCUUCCAGACAACAUUUAGGCCCAGCAAGCAACAGUUUUCAUCAGGUUAUUACUCUGUUUUUCCAGGGAACAAGGGAAUACCAAACCUGGCGUACGCCGAGCAGCCUAAAUCUCAACAACAGCAGCUGCUACACCAGAUGCAACAGCAGCAACAAAUGCACCAACAUCAACGCCACCAGCACCAGCACCAACACCAACAACAACAACAACAGCAGCAGCAGCAGUUGCAGCAGCAGCAUCAUCUUCAGUUGCAACAGCAGCAACAUUUGCAACAACAGCGGCACCAAAUCCAGCAGCAGCAAAUUCAACAGCAACAACUGCAGCAAAUGCAGCAGCAAUAUCACCAGCAACAGAUUCAGGAGCGACAGCAACAAAUUCAGCAAAUGCAACAACAGCAACAACAAAACGUGACGCAGAAAGAAACAACACAACCACAGGUGCAACCAAAACAGCAGCAAACCCAAAACGUUGUCCCGUGUCAGCCCCCUGAGCCCAGUCCCCCAGACACCGCGCCUAAAAAGGAGGUCCAGUCACUGGGACCAGGAGCUCAGACCUGUGACUCAUCACCCGUACCUGAUCCAUUCCCUGAAAAGGGCUCCACAAAUCCUGCUGAGCCUUCAGAUACAAAGUCGGCGGCACCUAGGCGUUCCCGUCGCCUUUCCAGAGAAGGACAGUCUCCACUGGGACCCCCCUCAACAAACAUUUGGUCUCAAGCAUCCAAAGAUCCUGCACUACCCCACAACGGGGUAGCAGGCACUCAGGUGGUGAAAGGAGGGGAAGUGACAACAGAAGGGGUCAUCCGUAGGAGAAGGAGGGCGUCUAAGGAGAUCAACUUGGAGACUCUGGCCCAGAAGGCGUCAGAGAUGGAGUCCAUGCCUCCCAGAAAGCAUGAAGAGGGUUCUUUAGGCAGACAGGCCAGCAUGAUGCCUCUGGUCAUGCCUGUGUCAGUGCCAGUGCACAGGAGUCCAACAGAUCCUCAGGGUGCCUUAAAUCAGGGACGUGUCGGGGGGCCUGAGAAACCGGCAGGACAGACCCUCAGCAAACCCUCGGUCAUUGUGGCUCGUCGAAGAUCACUCAGGAAAUCCAUCAGCGAGAGUUUUGGUCAGGAAGGGGAAAACGAUCCAGGGACGGAUGAGGAAGGAAAAUCCAAAUUAAAGCGCCGGCCUCGCCCCGAGCCUCUCAUCAUCCCUCCACCCAAACCAGCCACUUUCAUCCCUCCCUCCCUCUACUCCAGCAUCUCUUCUUACCAGAGCAACCUGCGCUCCCCGGUCCGCAUGCCGGACAACCCCCUCACCAUGCCGCCCUACACGCCCCCCCCCAUCCUGUCUCCUGUGCGCGGGGGCUCGGGACUUUACUUCUCCACCUUCCUGACCAACAUCGCCAGCAACCAAAUUCUGCCGCCACCGCCACAUACGCCCAAAUCUGCGACCCGCAGUCUGUUGCGCUCCACAAGUUCAGAUAUCACGCCUCCUGUUCUUUCCUCUUCCUUGAUCACGGAUUCUACAACUGCUAGCCUUGAACCACGGAUAAACAUCGGGCCGCGGUACCAGGCAGAGAUUCCUGACUUACGUGACCCAGCUUCCUCCCAGUUUGACCAGCACAAGGCGGACGUGGUCUGGCUCACUAUAGAUGACUCCAAACUCAAACACGGUGACCAAGAGUGCAUGGAGGAUUUUAUGAACAUGGCGUGUUGCAGUGUGCUCAGGGGCGGAGGAACCAACCAGGAACUGGUUUUACACUGUUUUCAUGAAUCCGGGGGAGAUUUCAUUGAAACACUGGAACGUUUGAUGCUUCAGGACCCAGUGUUUCCCAAAGAUCAUCUACUGGCAGGUUAUCACUACUCAGGCUCUGACUGCUGGACUGCAGAGGAGAAGCGCUACUUCAAUAAAGGGAUCUCUGCCUACAGGAAGGACUUCUUUAUGGUGCAGAAACUGGUGCAGUCCAAGACGGUGGCUCAGUGUGUUGAGUUUUACUACACGUACAAGAAACAGGUGAAGAUCGGUCGCAACGGGAUUUUAACCUUCGGCCCUCUGGAUUCACCGGACGAGAAGCACACCGAUGCUGUGGUGGACGUAAAGUGUGACACGAUUCAGACUUCACAGCAGUCAAAUGUAACUCAAGGACAGACAGAUGGAGACGACAAGAAGGAUGUUUCCUACGGGAGCAGCCAGCAGGCACUACAGACUCAUGACUAUGCAGGGACAGUGCUGGUGAUCAAGGAGCCGCACCCGGUGAAACAAGAGGCUCCACACGCAGCCACACCUUACAGGCCGAGAGCCGAACCUGCCGCCAAGAAGCCACGAGCGCCACCGAAGCCUCCAGUCGAUCCUGACGCAACAUUUCCAUGCAAGAAAUGUGGAAGGGUGUUUUAUAAAGUGAAGAGCCGAAGUGCCCACAUGAAGAGUCACGCAGAGCAGGAGAAGAAGGCUGCAGCGCUACGUCACAGAGAGGAAGAGGAGCAGGCGGCGGCUGAAGCUCUGGCGAGGAAGGCAGCGUCGAUGGCAGCGGCCGCGGCGGUGAUGGUGGCGGCAAAUCAGGGAGGAAAUGGAAACGGAGUGACAGAGCCGGGGGAGGUCAGCAGCCAGGAAGACUCAUCUGAGGAAGAGAAUGACAAAGAGGAUGACAAAGAUGAAGACUGGCGCUGAGACAAAAAACAGGAUAAAAGAGAAACCAAAUGAGAAGAUGGAUUUGUGGGUAAACCGAGGGAUGGAAAAAAGAUGAGAGCACAACAAAGACAAGAGGAGUGAUUUCAAGUCUUCCUGGUAAUCUCCACACUCCUUAUCCCUCGCCCACAUCACACUCCAAAGCUUACACAUUUUGUAUCUUUUAAAUAUUCAGAGGAAGUUUAUUUUUUGUAAAUGCACUUAUGCCCUAUGCUUCUGCUUUUUGCCAAUAUUGCCUUUUUUAUAACCUUUAUUUAAUUGAAUAUAUGUCAAAAAAUAUUAUACAUUUUCAUUGUGUGGACUUAAUGGUUAUAUGAUAUUUCAUAAGAUAAUCAGGAUGCCUGUUAAGCGAUAAAACAUCAAGAUCAAAGCAAUUUUUCACUUUACAGUAGCAGCCCUUUUAAAUUAAGAUAGAAUAAGAGUAUUUAUCUUUUUCUUAGGAAAAUACUUUGCUGAGUAUUGAACAUUUCCAUCAGAUUCUUAGGUUGGUUGCACUCUUGUUUUUGUUUUUUUUACAACUAAGGGACCUUUGAAAUAAAUAUGUAUUAUUAAAAACAAAGUAUAUGAGAUGGCCAUAUAUUUAUGAUACUGCAUUUUUGCAAUGAUUUUGGUAAUGUAAAACUAAUCAUGUCAGCUGCAAUAAGAUUUGUGAAUUGAAAAGUUUAUUAAAAUCUCUACUGUUCUGAA